AUGGCGACUAUAUCGGGUUUUGGUGGUGAUGGUGACGGUAAUGGUCUGCUUGGUGGGGCUGGUGGAAGUUGGGGCGGUGGCAGAGGGUGGAAUUUUGACAGAUUUGGCGGACAAAAUUGGGACGAGUGGUCGUGGUCGUCAUCAUCUGAGUUUGCUUAUGGGUUCAUUUAUGAGGUGAUUUAUUGGAUUGCCUUGUCAACUUGCACGCAUUUUGCGUUUGAGAAGGUUGUGAGGAUCAUGGCCGAUGGAAUUGAUGAUGCUGAGGGAGAGAAGGUUCCUAUGAGAUUGGCAUCCGUUUGCUAA